AUGAUGUUUGAUUCUUUUCAACCUCCAUUUCUUCCCGACGAUUCAUCUGCCUCUUCAAACACUUCAACGCAGCUCGAGGUAACAUCUCAGUAUCUGGCGUUACCAAAUGUCGACGUGGAAACCCAUAAAUCGAGUGCAAAUGACCGACGGUCUUCACAGACUCCCAAUAUAUCAAUGACAGACAAUGAAGAUCAACGCCCAACCCUCCAGGAGGUUAAUUCAUUCGUCACGGAUACCAAUUCUCUCAUGGAUAGAAAUGUAGAUGAAAGAACUGGCAAAUAUGGUCCAAGGUCUUUAAAACUUACGGACACCCCGGCUACCGUCAUUUCUCUUUUGGACUCACCGACAGAGUCAGGAGUUAAUGAGACGUCAUCAAUGAAUGACUCUCAUUCCAGUGAAUAUCAGAGAACAGCCGAUACUGCUGCCGCUGCUGUACACACCUCAUCUAAUGCAGCAGUCGAUAUACCCAUGCUUACGCUAACGAAAACAACAAUAGCAGACACCCGUCCGAGCGCCUCCGUUAACCAAGGCUCUUCAAUCAACCCCGUUGCCAAGGAGACUUCCGGCGACCUAGACCUGUCAAUGGUAGUUGAAAAUCCUGAAGAUUGUGAGCCAACAAUCCUAGGAACGCUGACGCCCAUCAGGAGAAAACCAUUGCGGGUGAUGAGAUGUGAACAUGAAGAAUUGGCCGUCUUACGUGAGGUUAAAAAGGAUAACCGAAAUAAAGGACGAAAAUUUUUUUCUUGUCCCAGGUUUGAAACGGGGGAGCAAUGCAACUAUUUUCGGUGGGAAGAAGCACAAUACUUGCCCCCCAGACUACCAUCACAUCGGUCAGACUACAUCCCAUCAAGUCAACGAAAAUCACGUGAUACGAAUGACGAUCGUAUGUUUGCCACAUCUCGAUCUCAAGGUAAAGUCUCAUUGGCCGCCACGGCUGCAACCGAAAAGUUGCGGCUGAACCAGAAUGAGACAAGUCAACAACAGGUGACAUCAAUGCAAAAAACCAACACAUCAAACAAUGAUAACUUGUUAGAGGUGACUGAAGAAGACAUGGAUCCUUCAUGGUUUUUAAAUGCAAUUGAGGAAGAACGGGCAAGAAAUGCCUCCGCCAAAUCCAAGGAUGCUGGCAAUAGAGGGAAUAGCAAUAACGGUGACAUAAGAGAUGGCGACGACACCGCAAGAAAUGCAACAACAUUGGUCGAUUCCUCACCAACAAGUAAUUCACAAUCGAGUGUACGAAAUAUCGUGGCAGCCGACAGCGUACCUUCAUCGUACGAGUCAUGGUCACUAGUUCCAAAGUUCUCUACCCAACAAUUGCUGGACGUGUUAUCGAGCCAUCUCAGGGCACAAGAACGACACAACGUGACCCACGAAGAGAGCAUGGAAAAGAUGCGCAAAGAGAGAGAUCAUGCGUUAGACGAACUAAAGAAAGCUCAAGAGCAGAUAGCAUCUUUAAAGAGGGAGUUGGAAAGGUCGUCGUUAAUGACCAGCAUUCUGACUUCUCAAAAAAGGUUGUUGGAAAUUGAGAAAGAACAACUGGAGGAUUGCAAUAAAAGGAAUAAAUCAGGGUUAUGA